AAAUUUGUAGACUAUUUAACUCUAUUUGAAUGCAACAGCAAAUAAUACUCAAAAAAAAUCAAUAAUAAUUUAGAAAAGUAAAAAAAUUUUUAAAUUAUUAGAAAAAAGCUUAUGUUAGUUAAGUUAAUUAUUUUCUCUUUAAUAGCUUUACAAGCUACACUAGCUACAAAAGGUUAGUUUGCUGUUAGUUGCGGAACAGGUUAAUGCUCUGAUGUAUGCUUCCUACCUUAAACUUGUAGUUGGUCAGGUUAAGGCUCUUCCUGUACUGUUUCAGAUUGUAGUUGCGCAACAACUUCAAACUUAACUGACUCAUAUUGUUAAUCUUGUUAAGGUAGUUAAUAUUUUGCAACUGUUGAUAAAACUAAAUGUGUUUAAGUUGGAAGUACUUGCAUGAGAAAUGAUAAAUGGACUGAUACUGAUUGCCAAAUAUGUUGGAAAGACAACACUUCGAAGGCGUCUAGUGAUAAAUCAGUGUGUUCUAAUGCAUAUAGCUUUUCAAAAAUAAUAUCAAUUCAACUAUUAAUUUUGUUAGUCUUAAUUCUUAUCUGUUGA